UUAAUAAUACAAUUAAUCGAUUUUGAUUUAGUUUAAAACCUCUAGUCUCUUGUUUCUCUUUCUCAUUCUCUGAGUAACAGAACUUGUCUGCUUCUAAAUUUGGGAGAGAAAAAGGGAAGAGAAGAAUGGGAGAAUGUAGGCCACUUGGUUUCUUGUUGGGGCUACCAUUUGCACUUGUCGCUCUCCUUCUAUCUCUUGUUGGUGCUGUCAUCUGGAUCAUUGGGACGAUACUGAGUUGUUUGUGCCCAUGUUGCUUCUGUUUCGCUACGUUGGCUAACUUCGCCGUGAAUCUCAUCAAACUUCCUGUCAAAGUCCUCCGUUGGUUCACCCACUCCAUCCCUUGUUAA